AUGGGCGUUAGGCGGGGUCUGGGAGAUCCCGGGCCUCAGGCUGGACGCGCUGGCUGGUUCCAUCUGGAAGCCGUUGUCAUGGUGGCCCCGGUGGUGUACUUGGUGGCGGCGGCUCUGCUUGUCGGCCUUAUCCUCUUCCUGACUCGCAGCCGGAGCCGGGUGGUAGCAGCUGUCCAAGAGCCUUUGCACAAUGAGGAGGAGGCAGUAGUAGCAGGCCGAGUGGCCCAGCCUCAGCCCCUGGAGCCUGAGGAGCAGAGAACUGGGGGCAGGCCCCGGCGCCGCAGGGACCUGGGCAGCCGCCUGCAGGCCCAGCGUCGAGCCCAGCGGGUGGCCUGGGCAGAAGUAGCUGAGAAUGAGGGGGAGGCCGUCAUCCCAGCCCAAGAGGAAGAAGACAUCGAGAAGCCAGUGGAAACUCACCUGUUAGGGAAAAUUGGAGCUAAGAAACUGCGGAAGCUGGAGGAGAAACAAGCACGAAAAGCCCAGCGUGAGGCAGAGGAGGCUGAGCGUGAGGAGAGGAAACGCCUUGAGUCGCAGCGUGAGGCAGAGUGGAAAAAGGAGGAGGAGCGGCUUCGCUUGGAGGAGGAACAGAAGGAGGAGGAGGAGAGGAAAGCCCGGGAGGAGCAGGCCCAGCGGGAGCAUGAAGAGUAUCUGAAACUGAAGGAGGCCUUCGUGGUGGAGGAAGAGGGUGUGGGCGAGACCAUGACUGAGGAGCAGUCCCACAGCUUCCUGGCCGAGUUCAUCAACUACAUUAAGCAGUCCAAGGUCGUGCUCUUGGAAGACCUGGCUUCCCAGGUGGGCCUGCGGACUCAGGACACCAUAAACCGCAUCCAGGACCUGCUGACUGAGGGAACUCUUACAGGUGUGAUUGACGACCGGGGCAAGUUCAUCUACAUAACCCCGGAGGAACUGGCUGCCAUGGCUAACUUCAUCCGACAGCGGGGCCGGGUAUCCAUCACCGAGCUUGCCCAGGCCAGCAACUCCCUCAUCGCCUGGGGCCGGGAGCCCCCUGCCCAGGUCCCAGCCUGACCUAGCCCUUCCCUCUUGGACUCAGAGCUGGCAUGGUCUAGCUGGCUAUACAUCUUUAUCCCUCCCUUCCAUCCUGGGGCAGUGAUGGAGUGUGGCCAGGCAGUUAUAGAUUAAAGGUCUAUGAGCACU